AUGUCGUCCCCGAGCAAACGCAGAGAGAUGGACUUGAUGAAAUUGAUGAUGAGUGAUUACAAGGUAGAGCUGAUCAAUGAUGGGAUGCAAGAAUUCUAUGUUCAUUUCCAUGGACCCAGUGACAGUCCAUACGAUGGAGGAGUGUGGAGAAUUCGAGUUGAGCUGCCGGAUGCUUACCCCUACAAAUCCCCGUCAAUAGGUUUCAUCAACAGGAUCUACCACCCUAAUGUUGAUGAAAUGUGUGGCUCAGUUUGUUUGGAUGUCAUAAAUCAAACUUGGAGCCCCAUGUUUGAUUUGGUGAAUGUGUUUGAAGUGUUUCUUCCACAACUUCUCUUAUAUCCUAACCCAUCGGAUCCAUUGAACGGUGAGGCUGCUGCUCUCAUGAUGCGCGACCGUUCAGCCUAUGAACUCAGAGUUAAAGAAUACUGUCAGAAAUAUGCAAAGCCAGAAGAUGCUGGAGCCACGGCAGAGGAAAAGGAGAGUGAUGAGGAAUUGAGUGAAGAUGAGUACAUGUCUGAUGAUGAGAUGGCUGGGCAAGCAGAUCCUUGA